GUCUCAAGUCUCAUUUCGUCACUUUCCGCUUAGACUCGCUAUUGCCUAUUGCUGCGAAGACUCUUCCACACUUCUCCAGGAACGGGAAAUCAGUCAAUCACCAUUGUCAUCGCCAGCCAGAUGCAUCUUCAUCUUUUUCAGCCAUCAUUGAUUUUCAAUCAUUCUUCUGUGUGAUUUUGGCUUUUGUGCAGACUGGCUUCUCACAAGGGGUUGGUGGAUUAUGUUACAUUAACUGUGUAUAAAGGAGACAGGAUUUUUUCUGAUGGCAUCAAGGGCAAUAUUGCGAAGGAAAAAGAGCCUUUUUCAUUCCCUCAACCAAAAUUCUUCUUUGGUUCGAAGUUUUUCAGGUUAUGAGAACCGAGAAUCCUCUAAAACUCAUAACUCUUCUGAUUGGAGCCGGUCUACAAUUCAUCAAUUACCGAAUAUAGAUGAUAGAAAGGAAGAAAAUUCACUUUAUCACACUAAAGUUGUACCAUCAACUACUUGGGGAAGAGGAUUCACAAGUUACAAUUCUUGGGAAUUUCCAUCCUUGGGUUCAAGGACUGUUAGGGCAUGGUUUGUUUCACCUUUGCCGAUAAGGUUGGUGUUGGACAAUCAGCACUAUUCCUCGACUGCUGCUGCAGGUCAGCCUGACUUUGGUAGUGGGAAUGAUAAAAAAGAAGAGGAAGCUGCUAUUAAAAAAAAGAAGGAACCUUCACCAGAGGAAUGUGACCAGGCAGUAGAAGGUUUGAGCUCAGUUAAGGCUAAAGCAAAAGCCAAACAAGUGCAAGAGUCCCAUAAGGUUGUUAAACCUGUAUUGAGGAGAAUAUGGGCUAUGCUUCUUGGGAUUGGUCCUGCUUUAAGGGUUAUUGCUUCAAUGAGCAGGGAGGACUGGGCAAAGAAGAUGCGACAUUGGAAAGAUGAAUUUAAGUCUACGAUGCAACACUAUUGGUUGGGUACAAAACUACUUUGGGCUGAUAUUAGGAUAAGCUCAAGGCUAUUGUUAAAACUUGCUGGUGGGAAGAGCCUCUCCAGGAGGGAAAGACAGCAACUAACACGGACAACAGCUGAUAUUUUCAGGCUAGUUCCUUUUGCAGUUUUCAUCAUUGUUCCAUUCAUGGAGUUUUUGCUGCCGGUAUUCCUUAAACUGUUUCCGAACAUGUUGCCAUCAACAUUUCAGGAUAAGAUGAAAGAACAGGAGGCCCUGAAAAGGAGGUUAAAUGCAAGGAUAGAAUAUGCAAAGUUUCUGCAAGACACAGUAAAAGAAAUGGCAAAAGAAGUUCAAAACUCUCGAAGUGGAGAAAUAAAGAAAACAGCAGAAGAUCUUGAUGAGUUUAUGAAUAAAGUCAGGAGGGGUGCUCAAGUGUCCAAUGAAGAGAUUUUAGGCUUUGCCAAGUUAUUCAAUGAUGAACUCACUUUAGAUAACAUUAGCAGACCCCGCUUGGUGAAUAUGUGCAAAUAUAUGGGUAUCAGUCCAUAUGGUACAGAUGCAUACUUGCGUCACAUGCUUCGACAGAAACUCCAGAAGAUAAAAAAUGAUGAUAAAUUGAUACAAUUAGAGGGUGUGGAGUCGCUCUCUGAGGAGGAACUUCGCCAAGCAUGUCGAGAGCGGGGUUUACUUGGACUACUUUCAGUGGAUGAAAUGCGACAGCAGUUGCGUGAUUGGCUGGAAUUAUCUCUCAACCAUUCAGUUCCAUCUUCUUUGCUAAUACUUUCUAGAGCCUUUUCAGUCUCUGGUAAAGUGAAACCUGAGGAAGCUGUUCAAGCAACACUCUCUUCGCUCCCAGAUGAAGUAGUGGAUACUGUUGGAAUCACAUCCUUGCCAUCUGAAGAUUCUGUUUCUGAAAGGAGAAGGAAGCUGGAGUUCCUAGGAAUGCAAGAAGAAUUGAUCAAGGAGGAGGAAGAGAAAGAGGAAGAGGAGCAGGCUAGGAUGAAGGAGUCUGCAGCUAAGCAGAAGGAUGUUGCUUUAGAAGAAAUGACAAUUCCAACAGCUAGAGAAGCAGAAGAACUGGAGAAUGCCAAAAGCUUAGAUAAACAAGAGCAGCUUUGUGAGAUCAGUCGCGCAUUGGCUGUUUUAGCUUCAGCAUCUUCGGUGAGCCAGGAGCGGGAAGAAUUCUUGAGACUUGUUAAGAAAGAGAUAGAUUUGUACAAUAGUGUUGUGAACCAAGAGGGAACUGAUGGUGAGGAAGAAACCAAGAAGGCCUACAGAGCAGCUAGGGAGGAUAUUGAUGACACUACAGAGACAACUGUAAAUGAUAAAGUUUCAGCAGCACUCAUUAACCGGGUUGAUGCCAUGCUCCACAAGCUUGAAAAGGAAAUUGAUGAUGUGGAUGCAAAAAUUGGUGAUCGAUGGCGGUUGCUUGAUAGGGAUUAUGAUGGCAAAGUUACUCCUGAGGAAGUUGCUUCAGCUGCUAAUUACCUCAAAGACACCUUAGCUAAGGAGGGUAUUCAAGAGCUUAUCAGCAACCUCUCUAAAGAUAGAGAAGGAAAAAUCCUUGUGGAAGAUAUUGUCAAAUUAGCAAGCAAAACGGGAGAUUCUGAAACAAGUGAAGAAGCAAAAGCCUAAGAGGCAAACGGGCUUCGAGUAGGUAACUGGAAAUAGAGCUGCCUCAGCUUUUUGUGAAUCAUGGAUGCUUAAUAUAUAGAGCAGAAGUUUAAUUUUUUUUUUUUUUGUUUUUGUUUUUGUUUUUGGUUUAUAAACAAUAGAAAAUAUUCUCAAAUUUUACCAUUUUGUUGUUGAUGCUUUGGCUUUGCCCUUUCUGGCAAGUUUGUAUAUUGAUUAUACUAUCACCUGUCUCAUAUCGAACGAUAUGUUACCUUUUUCAAAUUUCAAUAAAUUUGUGAAAACAAUAAAAAGUCUUAGCGAAGAAAAUUGCAUUA